AAAGGGCUUGCUGAGGCUGUGAGAGAAACUGAGACCAUGGACCCUCGAUGGGUUGAGUACCCUGCCUCUGGAGACUUGCCAGAUGAUGAAGACAUUGGGGAGUUCAGGCCUCGCUUAACUUCUGAUGAGUUAGAUAUAGAUGAGACAUCUGGGUCUGGAGACUACUCGGACUCUGAAGAUGUUGUAUAUCUGACCACCAUGGAUACACCUCUGAUAUCUGACAACUAUAUCCCUGGAGAUACUGAUAGGAAGAUAGAAGGUGAGAAGAAAAACACAAUGGUGGACAACGAAAUCAUUCCAGACAGAGCUGUACCUGUCGAAGAGAACCUGUCCAACAAGAUCUCCAUGGCAAGCACAGCAAACAGCAGCAUCUUUGAGAGAACAGAAGUCCUUACAGCUCUCAUUGCAGGAGGGGCAGUGGGUCUCCUCUUUGCUGUCUUCUUGAUCCUCCUCUUAGUCUAUCGUAUGAAGAAAAAGGAUGAAGGCAGUUAUGACCUUGGGAAGAAGCCCAUCUACAAGAAAGCCCCCACAAAUGAGUUCUAUGCUUAAAGCUCAGCAGCACCUUGUGCCCACCGAGGAACAAAUGGACUGUAUGGAAACACUGUGUCCUCAGAUGAGAUGUGCUGAACAAAUGCUCUUUCUGGGUUGAAUUUCAAAGUGACUUCGAGAAAAAACAAACUUCCUACGUGACCCUUCCCAUCCCUCUUGGCUAACAAGGGCCCAAAGAGUCUGAAAAAAAACCCCUCAGUGUAUUUUUUUUUCCCCUAAAGCUAGUGUAAAAAGAAUAAAGAUGCCAAAUUUUCUGCUUGGUUUUAUAGAGGGUAUAUAAACACAAACCAGACUGUAUGGAAGCAAACACCAUGUGUUUGCAUCCAGCUUGCUGAGCUCAGAUUGGCUGCUUCUAGAGAAGAUGGCUUUUUUUUAUAAACCUUUCUAAUAGAUGUCUUGCAGCAGGCUGUUGUGUGAAGCAUUUUUGUGGAGAACUAUUUAUGAAUCUUUUACACUACAGAUAAUGUUGCCUUAUCAGGGAGUGAAAGGCCCAUAGGGGCUCAAAAUCCCUCAAUGCCAUAAAGGGCCUAUGGGAAUGUCUUCCCCAGGAGACUACAGUCUUUUCCUGUUGGCCCCAGGCAAGGGUCAUGGUCCAUGAAAUCAGGACAGCCAGUUUUGUUUGGCAGUGACAACACCCUUUCCUUGCCUUCAGUCUUACCUUUUUUAAGGAUUGCUUGUA